CAGAAAGUGAACAGGUGUCAGUUGUUCAUCUGGAAGCCACUGGGUACAUCAGAAGCGGUCCAAGCCCGACCUGAGACUAAAACUACGUUGACAAAAUCUGAGGAACGAUAUAUCUUUAAUUCAAUUUGUACCAUUAUUUGCACUGGAGAUAAGAAAACUUACAGGCAUGGACAGCAAACUAGUCCUCACUCUCAUGUUUGUGACGCUGACUGGGUGUUUCAUGGGCACUUAUGCUCAAACCACUACAGUGGCAUCCACAAUCAGUGUGACUCCAGUUCCAACAACCAUCACAAAUGCUACCAGCAACACCCCCACCACCACCACCACCACCACCACAGCACCAUCCAGCAACACCCCCACCACCACCAACACCAGCACCACAGCACCAUCCAGCAACACCCCCACCACCACCAACACCAGCACCACAGCACCAUCCAGCAACACCCCACCACCACCAACACCAACACCACAGCACCAUCCAGCAACACCCCCACCACCACCAACGCCAGCACCACAGCACCACCCAACACGACUGCAGCUCCAACAACACCUGCCCCACUGGUGCCUGACACUAAUGUGACAACUCUUAAUGCCUCUAUUACUAGAACUGAAUGUGGCAGGAAACAGCUGUGUGCAGCUCAGCCUCGUGACUGUGACCCCUCCAGCGGGGGAUGUUUCUUCCUUGGUGCCCAAAGGCUUGGAGGUCAAAAUUUUAUGUUUGACCUUGCAGGAGAAUCAGACGGCUACAUUGCUGCCACCCUGUCACGUAACACACAGGGAGUCAAUGACACAACCUACAUCUGUGCAAAUAACAAUGGUGUAGUCAAAUUCUUCAGUGCUCUUCUGAACAACGGCAAGCUGACUCUCACAACGCUUAAAGUCAACACUGUGAGGGGCAAAGUCAGUGGAAAGAAAAUCCAGUGUCAGUUUGCUGCCACAGUACCAGACUCUACUAGCACCACAACUAGAGCAGACACAAGCACUACAAGUUUCUCAGUGUCAGUCUCCAAUGGAACUUACAAUGCCAGUUCCGAGGAUCUGGGGAGCCCUACUGCCAAGAUAACAACUGGUGUGGUAGACCUGGCAAAUGUUAAUUCCACCACCACCACCACAGCACCAUCCAAUACGACUGCAGCACCAUCCAACACGACUGCAGCACCAUCCAACACCACCACAGCACCACCCAACACGACUGCAGCUCCAACAACACCUGCCCCACUAGUGCCUGACACUAAUGUGACAACUCUUAAUGCCUCUAUUACUAGAACUGAAUGUGGCAGGAAACAGCUGUGUGCAGCUCAGCCCCGUGACUGUGACCCCUCAAACGGGACAUGUUUCUUCCUUGGUGCCCAAGCGCUUGGAGGUCAAAAUUUUAUGUUUGACCUUGCAGGAGAAUCAGACGGCUACAUUGCUGCCACGCUGUCACGUAACACACAGGGAGUCAAUGACACAACCUACAUCUGUGCAAAUAACAAUGGUGUAGUCAAAUUCUUCAGUGCUCUUCUGAACAACGGCAAGCUGACUCUCACAACGCUUAAAGUCAACACUGUGAGGGGCAAAGUCAGUGGAAAGAAAAUCCAGUGUCAGUUUGCUGCCACAGUACCAGACUCUAAUAGCACCACAACUAGAGCAGAGACAAGCACUACAAGUUUCUCAGUGUCAGUCUCCAAUGGAACUUACAAUGCCACUUCCGAGGAUCUGGGAAGCCCUACUGCCCAAAUAAGAACUGGUGUGGUAGACCUGGCAAAUGUUAAUGCCACCACCGACAAUCAGAUUAAUGCCACCACCACCACAGCACCAUCCAACACGACUGCAGCCCCAACAACACCUGCCCCACUGGUGCCUGACAGUACUGUGACAACUCUUAAUACUUCUCUUACUAAAGAUAAUUGUAGCAAGACACAGCUGUGUGUUUCUCAGCCCUCUGGCUGCGACCCCUCCAGUGGGACAUGUUUCUUCCUUGGUGCCCAACAGCUGGGAGGUCAAAAUUUUAGGUUUUCACUCGCAGGACAAUCAGACGGCUACGUUGCUCUCACCCUGUCACGUAACACUACACCGGGAACCAAUGACACAACCUACAUCUGUGCAAAUAACAAUGGUGUAGUCAAAUUCUUCAGUGCUCUUCUGAACAACGGCAAGCUGACUCUCACACCGCUUAAUGUCAACACUGUGAGGGGCAAAGUCAGUGGAAAGAACAUCCAGUGUCAAUUUGAUGCCACAGUACCAGACUCUACUAGCACCAAAACGAGAGCAGACACAAGCACUACAAGUUUCUCAAUGUCAGUCUCCAAUGGAACUUACAAUGCCGCUUCUGAUUCUUUGGGGAGCCCUGUUUUCCAAAUAAGAACUAAUGUGGUAGAACUGGGAAAUGUUAAUGCCACUAUCAAUAAUCAGAUUAAUUCCAACACCACAGCACCAUCCAACACGACUGCAGCUCCAACAAUACCUGCCCCACUGGUGCCUGACAGUAAUGUGACAAUUGUUAAUACCUCUAUUACUAGAGAUAAUUGUAGCAAGACACAGCUGUGUGUUUCUCAGCCCUCUGGCUGCGACCCCUCCAGUGGGACAUGUUUCUUCCUUGGUGCUCAACAGCUGGGAGGUCAAAAUUUUAGGUUUUCACUCGCAGGACAAUCAGACGGCUACGUUGCUCUCAUCCUGUCACGUAACACUACACCGGGAGUCAAUGACACAACCUACAUCUGUGCAAAUAACAACAGUGUAGUGAAAUACAUAAGUGCUCUUCUCAACAACGGCAAGCUGACUCGCACAACGCUUAAAGUCAACACUGUGAGGGGCAAAGUCAGUGGAAAGAACAUCCAGUGUCAGUUUGCUGCCACAGUACCAGACUCUACUAGCACCACAACUAGAGCAGACACAAGCACUACAAGUUUCUCAAUGUCAGUCUCCACUGGAACUUACAAUGCCAGUUCUGAUGGUCUGGGAAGCCCUACUGCCAAGAUAACAACUGGUGUGGUAGACCUGGCAAAUGUUAAUGCCACUAUCAAUAAUCAGAUUAAUUCCAACACCACAGCACCACCCAACACAACUGCAGCUCCAACAACACCUGCCCCACUGGUGCCUGACACUAAUGUGACAAUUCUUAAUGCCUCUAUUACUAGAACUGAAUGUGGCAGGAAACAGCUGUGUGCAGCUCAGCCCUCUGGCUGUGACCCCUCAAACGGGACAUGUUUCUUCCUUGGUGCCCAAGCGCUUGGAGGUCAAAAUUUUAUGUUUGACCUUGCAGGAGAAUCAGACGGCUACAUUGCUGCCACCCUGUCACGUAACACACAGGGAGUCAAUGACACAACCUACAUCUGUGCAAAUAACAAUGGUGUAGUCAAAUUCUUCAGUGCUCUUCUGAACAACGGCAAGCUGACUCGCACACCGCUUAAAGUCAACAAUGUGAGGGGCAAAGUCAGUGGAAAGAACAUCCAGUGUCAGUUUGCUGCCACAGUACCAGACUCUACUAGCACCACAACUAGAGCAGACACAAGCACUACAAGUUUCUCAAUGUCAGUCUCCACUGGAACUUACAAUGCCAGUUCUGAUGGUCUGGGAAGCCCUACUGCCAAGAUAACAACUGGUGUGGUAGACCUGGCAAAUGUAAUGCCACUAUCAAUAAUCAGAUUAAUUCCAACACCACAGCACCACCAACACAACGCAGCUCCAACAACACCUGUCACACAUGGCCCUUGA